CACACACACCACACCUUCACAUACAGCCGUGCAUGCAGGAUGUGUGACAAGGUUCUGACCUUUUUGAAGAGCCUGUCCAGGCGGAAACCCUUGGAGCCUGAUGGCGAAGAGUCCAACUUUAAGCGUUGCUUAACCACACUCGACCUAGUGGCACUCGGGGUGGGAAGUACACUUGGGGCCGGGGUCUAUGUGCUUUCUGGGGAGGUGGCUAGAACGGUCGCUGGUCCCAGCAUCAUUGUGUCAUUCUUCAUUGCUGCAGUGGCAUCUGUAUUUGCGGGUUUAUGCUAUGCAGAGUUUGGUGCCCGAGUGCCCAAAACGGGCUCGGCAUAUCUGUACAGCUAUGUCACUGUCGGGGAGGUGUGGGCCUUCAUCACUGGAUGGAACUUACUGUUAUCAUAUAUCAUAGGAACAUCAAGUGUGGCCAGAGCAUGGAGUGGCACUUUUGAUGACUUGAUUGGAAAUAAGAUUGCCAAUUAUUUAAGAGAACAUACACCAAUGAACUUACCUGGCCUCGCUCCCUAUCCAGACUUCUUUGCCGCAGGCCUUAUCCUUAUUCUGGCAGGUAUCCUUGCAUUUGGGGUGAAGGAGUCUGCCAUUGUCAAUAAGGUCUUCACAGCUAUAAAUAUUCUUGUGCUGAUUUUCGUCAUUAUUACUGGCUUCAUCAAGGGUGACAUUGGAAACUGGCAGAUAACAGAAGAGGAAAUUUGGAACUACACAAUAACUGCAAAUCUCACAACUUCAAAUGAAACGUUAUCAAGUUUUGGAAGUGGAGGAUUCUUUCCUUUUGGUUUUGAGGGAACAUUUGCUGGAGCCGCCACCUGUUUCUAUGCCUUUGUGGGAUUUGACUGCAUUGCAACCACAGGUGAGGAGGUUCGAAACCCUCAGAAGUCGAUCCCUAUAGGAAUUGUGGCUUCUCUUCUCAUCUGUUUCGUGGCUUAUUUCGGAGUGUCAGCCACUCUCACACUUAUGAUGCCCUACUACCAACUGAGUGUUCAGAGCCCCUUACCUGUAGCCUUCACCUAUGUGGGCUGGGAUCCUGCAAAGUAUGCAGUGGCUGUUGGAUCAUUGUGUGCCCUCUCAACAAGUCUGCUGGGGUCUAUGUUUCCAAUGCCCCGUGUGCUGUUCGCUAUGGCUAGAGAUGGGUUGCUUUUCAAACCCCUGAGUAAAAUGAGUGCCCGACAGAGCCCUGUUAUAGCCACACUCUCUUCUGGUAUAGUAGCAGCAAUAAUGGCCCUGGUGUUUGACUUGAAAGCUCUAGUAGACAUGAUGUCUAUUGGAACACUCUUUGCCUACACCCUUGUAGCCAUCUGCAUCCUAAUUCUUCGGUACCAAUCAGAGCUUAAUGAAAUCAGUGCGAAGCAAGAGCUUGAGAAACCGAAAUGGAAUCCUUUUUGCCCCCCUAAACUCCCUUCUACAAUAAGUUCCAAAGCUGUGUCUAUGCUGUCCAUCCUUACAAUUGUGUUUUCGGUUAUCCUGAGUGUGAUCAUCACCAAAGGAGUACAAGCUGGUCUUAUUGAGGAGUGGUGGAUGAUUCUCAUUAUCACUUUGGUUGCAGUGUGUUUUUUCAUGUCUGUCAUUAUAAUCUGGCGACAGCCGCAAAAUGACAGCAAGGCUGCAUUUAUGGUCCCCUUUCUGCCAGUACUUCCUAUUUUGAGUACAUUCAUUAAUAUCUAUUUAAUGGUCCAGCUUGGAGGUGAAACAUGGAUUCGUUAUGCAGUGUGGAUGGCUAUUGGCUUGGUCAUCUACUUCUGUUAUGGAGUGCACUUCAGUGUACAGAAGAAACGGAACAAGUCUUCCCAAAAUCAUGUUUAUGUUGAGACAAUCGAUGAAAAACUGAAGGACGAAAAGAAAAACGGAUUCAGUACACCUGAGCUACAAACCAAGUUUUAAAGGCAAAAACUUAAAAAGCAAUAAUGUCAAAUGCUUAGCACCCAAUACAGUGAAGUAUGUUUUAUUUUUUUUACUGGAUUUUGAAUUAGAAUGAGUGUGAACAUGUAAAAACAAAUUAUAAAUCUAAAUAUGUUUUAUGUGCAGAGGUGGGUAGUAACAUGCUACAUUUACUCCGUUACAUUUACUUGAGUAACUUUUUGAAAAAUAUUUACUAGUCUAUUCUAUUAAUAAUGUAUAAUAAUUUUGUUUAUAUUUCAGCAUUAUAUAUAAUGUCCUUGUGGGACAUUUCCACAUAUUGACAAUAAUAAUUACUAGAAAUUUUUACAAACCUCUCUUCUUAUUGACAAAUUCAUCCAGGUCUGACAAGAGCCCUUAAAGGGAUAGUUCAUCCAGAAAUUCUCAUUAUUUACUCACCCUGAUGCCAUCCCAGAUGUGUGUGACUUUCUUUCAUCUGCUGAACUCAAAUGAAGAUUUUUAGAAGAAUUUCUCAGCUCUGUAGAUCCAUACAAUGCAAGUGAAUGGGUGGCAACAUUAUAAAGCUAAACAAAAUCACAUAUGUCAGCAUAAAAGUAAUCCAUAAGACUCCAGUGGUUAAAUUAGUAUCUUCAGAAGCAGUGUGAUAUGAGAACGUGUUGAUGAGAAACAGAGAAAGAAUCACUUUCACAUUGUUCUCUGCAUAUUGCAAAAAAUGAAUUACAAAUAUUGAUCUGUUUCUCACCUACACCUAUCAUAUCACUUCUGAAGAUAUUAAUUUAACUACUGCAGUCUUUAUGUGCAUUUUGGAGCUUCAACGUUUUGGCCAACAGAGCUUAAAUAUUAUUCUAAAAAUCUUAAUUUGUGUUCUGCAGAAGAAAGGAAGUCAUCCCUAUCUGGGAUGGCAUGAGGGUGAGUAAAUGAUGAGAUAAUUCUAAUUUGGGGGUGAACUAUUCCUUUAAAUUGCUAGCUCAGCCAUAAUUUAAUAUUUUGUCAUAAUUUCCCUACCCUUGUGUUGUUCCAAGCCCUUUGUAAAAUGUGGAACACAAAAUAUGUUAGACAGAAUGAUAGUGACUGACAGUCUCGGUAACCAUUCACUUUCAAAAUAUGAAGAAAAAAACAUUCACUGAAAGUAAAUAGUGACUCAUGCAAACAUUCUGUCUAAUAUCUCCUUAUUGUGUUGCAUGGAAGAAAGACAUAUGGGUUUGGAACAACAUGAUGGUGAAUGAUGACAGAAUUUCCAUUAAUAAUAAUUCUGUAAUACAUAUUAAAUGUGUAUUAUGCAAUGGAAUGUAGGGGAGUUAACAUCUAUUAUGUCAUUUGUGAAAGUAACGAGUUACUACUUGAGUAAUCUUUUAAAUGGAUACUUUCUUACUCUUACUUAAGUAAUUAUUUAUGUUAGUACUUUUAUUUAUAAUUAUUAAUUAUAAGUAAUUAAUUCAAAAAAUAUAUAUAUUUUUAAAUAAUUGUACUUUUACUUGAGUAGAGUUUUUGGCUACUCUACCCACCUCUGUUCAUGUGUGAUGUAUACAAAAACACUCUUUGUAAUAAGAGUUUGAAUCUAUAAAUAUUAUAAAUACUCCAUAUUUAUAUGUGUUGUAAUAUAUCUAGCUAGAAUUAUGCUAUUGUCUUGCUUGUAUCUUGAUGUAAAUGUCAGAAUUUUGGGGAUUUUCUUCUGAGCACCUGCAAAGAAGUAGUAAAGCAGAAAUAUUCAAAUAUCGUUGGCCAGUGUGACUGGAGCACUGAAGAAAAUCUAUUGUAGUAUUUACUGGCUACAUCAGUUUAAGUCAGCUGUUCUCAAUCUAUAUUUCUAAUUGUAAUCUGUUUGCAUCCUGAAGCAUUGUGUAUGAAUGCUAAUAUUUUUUGAAUUCCAAUAAAU